CAACUGACCAUGCGGCGGCAAGGAGUGCAUUGGUGCUGCCUGGUGGCCAUCGCCCUGGCCAUGACCAUACGGCAGGUGUCCCUGGGCUUCAGCACCAACGAUCGCCGCUUCCAGUGCCUGCAGCCGCGCCUGAGGGGCCAGGCCAACUGCUCGCCAUGCGCCGAUCUGUACGUCUUCAAUCGCCAGGCCGCCUAUCGGCGCUGCGAGCACGUCAACGGGAAUUGCUACCCACACCGCACGGUCUUCGCCAGCGCCCGCAUGUGCGAGCUCACCUGCCAGCCGUACAUCCGGCGAGCCACGCUGCACGAGGUGACCACCCUGCCGCCGCCACCACCGAUCGUCGAGCCCUUCGGGGACAGCGAUGAGGAGUUCGAAUGAGGUUUUGUCAACAAAAAUAAGCUGCUUUUAAUUAA